AUGGCCAAGCGAGGCGUGGCUCCAAACCGGGUGGCUUACAACGCGAUGGCCAGGGGCCUCAGCAAAGCUGGCCUGCUCGACGAGGCUUUCGAUCUCAUGGGAGUGAUGGAAAGCGCUGGUUUUGCUCUGACGGCUGUGACUUUCAAUCCGGUGGUGGAGUUUCUCUGCAAAUCCGGGAGGCCGGACGAGGCAUGCAAGGUGAUGGAGACAAUGCUUCUCAGGAACAUCGAGCCCAACAUUCUGACGCUCAACUUGAUCCUCCAGGCGGCACGGCCCGAGGAAGCGCUCGGCAUGACGGACGUAAUGGUGGAGAUGGGAUUCUGCCCGACCAUCGUCACCUUCAACGCGCUGCUGGAGCUGUUCUGCAACACCGAUCAGAUGGACAGCGCCACCGAGCUCCUGGAAACGAUGGCGCGCAGCAAGUGCAAGCCAAACUUCGUGACUUACAGCAUCAUGGUCCAGAAGUUUGCAGAGAUGGGGAGAAUGGUGGAAGCUCGAGCGUUCCUGGAGCAGCUGGUGGUGUGUGGCUACGCUCCCAAUCUCCUGGUGUGCAAUGCCUACGUCGCGGGGCUUUGCAAAACCGGAGAGAUGGAUCUGGCUUCCAGAUUUCUCACGGUGAUGGCGGAGGAGGGGUGCCGAGCAAACACCGCGACUUACAACAGCCUUGUGGAGGGUUUUUGCAAGCUCGGCAGGAUGGACGAGGCGGAGAGGGUCCUCGAGGAGAUGAUCGCUGAGGGAAGCCUUCCGGACUCGACCACUUACAACGUUUUGAUCCAGGGGCUUUGCAGCGCUGGACAGAUCGAGCACGCCUUCAUGGCGGGCGGUGGAAUCAGCUAG